CAUUAAGCGACCUACUCGCGUUCGCUCGGCUUCUUGCCACCCGGCGCAGGAUCCAGGCGGCGUUCCCAGGCGUGCACCCGGGGCCGCUCCCCUCUCCCCGCGGGAGGCUCUCACCUGCCUGCCCGCCCCUCCCGGUCGCCCCAGGUGGCUCGGGGUUGGGAGGAGCUGCGCCCCGCCCCGCGCGGUCCCAGCCAACGCCAGCCCCGGGCGGGUGCCGCGAGCCCAGGCUGGGAGCCGAGCGAGGCGCCGGGAGUCCGCCGCGGGCCGCGACCGCGUAGGUGGAAGAUCCGAGGAGUUUAAAGUCCCAGGCCCUGUGGUUCCUGCGUUGAUCUCAAUGUGCCUCAUGUGCUGUUUACUUCCUUGGAUGCAGACCUGUUCACUGCAGAGUAGAGCCCGACUACCAGGUUGUCUUUCUUAAGUGUGAGGCUGUCAGAGGAAAAGGCAAACGACAUCAGUGCCCAGGUGUCAGCAUGAAGUAGCUGAUUUGGAAAAUAGUUCCUUUGAGGCCUGUUUGGAUGAGAAUCAUUGAGAUCACAGAAGGAAGCAGCUGCAGACAUACGAAUUGAACCUGCCCAACCUGGGAGCUCAGAAUGCUGUUCCUCUGCCACAUUCUGGCUGUGACCAUCCUUCAGAUGCUGAUCUUCUCAGAAAACUGGGUAUUUGCCAAGAACAUUAACUUCUACAACGUGAGGCCUCCUCUUGACCCCACACCAUUCCCAAACAGCUUCAAGUGUUUUACUUGUGAAAAUGCCGGGGAUAAUUACAAUUGCAAUAGAUGGGCAGAAGACAAGUGGUGUCCACAGGACACACAGUAUUGUUUGACAGUUCACCACUUCAGCAGCCGCGGAAGAAGUACAUCCAUCACUAAAAAGUGUGCCUCUAAAAACGAAUGUCAUUUUGUUGGCUGCCGUCACAGCCGGGACUCGGAACACACGGAGUGCAGGUCUUGCUGCGAAGGAAUGAUCUGCAAUGUAGAGUUGCCUACCAACCACACAAACGCAGUCUUCGCUGUGAUGCAUGCUCAGAGGACAUCUGGCAGCAGUGUUCCCACACCCUACCUCCCGGUGCUGGCUUGGCUCAUCAUGCUUCCCUUGCUGUGAUGUUACUGUUCCUAGGACGGGCUGAGACCAGCACUGUAAGGCACGAGGCAGAGACAGUGGACCGGUAAACUUUGGAGCGAAGGCCCAUCUUGCACUUGAUAAAGAGGAUACAUUGGACCCCAAAGUAGAAGGCAAAGGUUUGCUUUGCUGAACUGCUCCUGCAUGAGGUCACAGCACUGAGCAUGAGGACUUGGUAGGAGCCAAGAGGACUACAUAACUUGCCGUGUCCUGGUCUAGGGGUGCUACAUUCUGUUACUUCUGUUAGAAGAUCCAUCAGUAUUGUUGAUGGUAACAGUAGCUUGAUAAACCCCAGCCUGACCAGACUUCCAUCUGGAAGGACUUUUUGACCCCAUGGGCUCCCUCAGAGGCUGCUGGAUCAGACUCUCUGGCUUCUGUGAUUAGCUCAGAGCAUCUCUGUGAAAUUUAAUCCUUCGACCCACAGCAGUUUCUCUACUGUGUUAACUUUGCAUUAUUGGAACAAGAACCUGAGAUGAUCCAUUUAUAAAGAUGAAUGGUUUGUUUGGAGAUUGCAGUACAUACUAUUUGGGGGCUUGUGUUAGAGAGUGAAUAGGAACUCACUCCUAAUGGAGACUUGGGAAGGAGGAAGUAUGGGCUAGAGAGAUGGCUUAGCAGUGAAGGGCACUAAUUGAUCCCCUAAAGGACACAGGUUUGAUUCCCAGCACUCACAUUGCAGUUCGUAACUGAUAACUU